AUGAAGCGGACAAGUAUGGGACAAUUGUUAGAGUUGGCCUCCGUCUUCCCCAACAUAGAUUCUAUGGGGACUACGUUUCCUGCUAGAGCAAAUACCCCAUUCUCAGUGUACAAUACCGCCAACAGUUUUUACCAGAGAAAUUAUUCCAGUAGUUUCGCGGUCAUUCCCGCAAGAAGUGCAGUGAGACAUCAUGCCCAACUUGCUUGGAAAAAGCUCUCCGAUAGAUUUCCUUUUAAUGGUGGUGGAUUUUCAGGUAUAACUAAUAUUGCUCAAGCUUUCAGCUUGGCUGUAACCGGCUCUAAUCUCAUACCUGCUGGUAUUUUUGCCAUCAGCUAG